AUGAAUACGAUCUUGAGAAAUGCAUCUUGCUUUAAGAGAAAAGUAAAAUCUUUACGAAUAUUCGAUUCCGGGUCAUUAUCAUCUUCGUCUUCUUCCUCUUUCACUCCUCAGAAAUUCGAUGUUUUUCUCAGCUUCAGAGGCGCAGAUACUCGCAAGAACUUCGUCAGUUUUCUCUACAAAGAGUUAGUGGCUAAAAGGAUCCGGACUUUCAAAGACGACAAGGAAUUGGAGAUAGGCCGUCCGAUUUCACCUGAGCUACUCCAAGCGAUCAAAGGCUCGAGAUUCGCCAUUGUCGUCGUCUCUGCUACAUACCCAGCUUCCUUUUGGUGUCUCGAAGAGCUCGUGAAGAUUCUGGAACUCGAGCAAAAGGGUUUGCUCACUGUGUUGCCGAUUUUCUACGAGAUUGAUCCUGGGCAUGUGAGAAGACAGAUCGGAGAAGUCGCGAAACAGUUUAAGAAACAUGAGAAGAGACAUAGCAGAGAGAGAGUCCAAUCGUGGAGAAAUGCGUUGACCAGAUUAGCUAGUCUCUCCGGUGAAUGUUCAAAGAAUUGGGAAGAUGACUGCAAGCUGGUCGACGAAAUUACUGAAAGAAUAGCAAACAAGUUGUUUUCAGAGACACCAAGUAAUGGUAAUAACUUAGUUGGGAUAGAUGAACACAUGAGUCAAUUGUAUCCAUUGUUGGGUUUGGAUUCAAACGAAAGUGUUAGAGUGAUUGGGAUUUGGGGUAGAGGAAGUAUUGGUAGAUCAGCACUAGCUAGACACGUUUACGAAAACAUCUCACAACACUUUGAAGCUCAUUGUUUUCUCGAAAACGUGAGAAGGAUUUCGCUACAUUGCCGUAAAUCUCAUCUACAAGAAGAGCUUCUUUCCAAGAUGCAAGGAGAAGGCUUGAACACAAAGAGCUCUCAUAGGUGUCUUAACGCGAUCAAAGCAAGGCUCAGGAACAAGAAGAUUCUGAUUGUGGCGAACGAUGUUGAUAAGAUCGAACAAUUAGAUGCACUUGCGGAGGAAUUUAGCUGGUUUGGUUCAGGGAGUAGAAUCAUCAUAACCACACAAGACAGACAGUUGCUGAUCUCAUCGGUAGUAAAGAGUGUCUACGAAGUUGAGCUCUUGCGAUGCUACGAAGUUCGUCAGCUCUUUAGGUCAUUAGCCUUCAAAGAGAGAGAGGAUCCUGUGAGUUUCGACCCGUCUACAUAUCGAGCCUUGAAUCUUUCUGGUAAUGUUUUUUCUACCCUGAAAUAUUUAGUGGCCUUGUUGUGUGGUAGUGGUCAGCUUAGGGAAAGGAUAAAUGCAUUAGUAUAUAGUCUUUAG